AAAAUUGCAACAACUGACCGGUUCGUUAGGAAAGGUCUGUGUUGAAAAUGUUGACAGACUAACAAUGGGAUCUCAUCCAACUUCAUCUUUUGAUGUAGUGUUAUCUGGAGUGAUUUUCCCCCAGUCAAUAAGUCACACCACAGAAUUGCUUGGAGAGUUUUUAAGAUUGGUGAAACAAGGGGGAAGAAUUAUCUUGCAAGAAGCAACAGUACGAAACACAAAUGGAACACACCUGAGAACAGUAGAAAAAUUACAAUCUGAUUUAAAAAUUACUGGUUUGAUAAAUAUACAAGAAGCCAAACGUGUUUCACUGACAGAUGUGGAGAUGCAAACACUAAAGGAUUUACUUAACAUAGCUAUAAAUGUUAAUGUUGUCGAAAUUCAGUGCCAAAAGCCAAAUUUUGAGGUGGGUUCAUCAUCAAAGUUAUUAUUUACUGAACAGAAACGUCAAGUAAAACCUUCAGCCAACAUAGCUGCUGUAUGGAAACUGGAUGACACUAUAGAUGAUGAUAUAGAGACAAUUGAUGAAAAUAAUUUAUUGGAUGAAGAAGAUAUCAAAAAGCCAGACCCAGCUUCUCUCAGAGUAUGCGGGACGACAGGCAAAAGGAGAGCUUGCAAAAACUGUUCCUGUGGCCUUGCGGAGGAAUUGUCUGCCGAAGGGAAAGCAGUAGCUGUACAGCCAACACAGACUAAAACUUCAGCGUGUGGCAAUUGCUACUUGGGAGAUGCUUUCCGCUGCGCAAGUUGCCCGUACCUUGGCAUGCCUGCAUUUAAACCAGGAGAGAAAAUUCAACUAAGUGAUCAGCAACUGAAAGCAGACGUUUAGGAUUAGAAAUAAAAUGCUAGUGUUGUCUAUUCAUAAAUGUUUAAAAUUGACUAACCAUUUGGGUCCCUGUGAAAUGUGUUUUGUAAUAAACCUAUUGCAAAAAGAGUUUGAAACAGUUAAUAUAAGAUGAUUUAAAAGUUUUCAGGAGAUGCAAGGAACUGUCUCUCACAGAGUACAAUGUGUGUCUUAAUACAUUUUGUAUGUCAUUAAAGCUGUUUUAGAGUUACAUCAGUACUGUUUAAGUGAUAUUAAUUUAGAUGGUGGAUUUGGGCUCAUCUCUUGAUGAAUUAUAUGAGUGGCCUGUACUUAAACAUUAAUAAUGGCAAAUAACUUUAUUAUAGUUAUACAAAAAUUUAUUAAUUUUUAACGCACAUUUAUAUGAAAACACUGUAUACGAUGUACAGGAAAAUAUUGAUGUUUUAAUAUAAAUAGAAGGCCUAGAAGACAUGUUGUCAGUUCUUAUUAAUGCCACAAACUGUUUUUUUUUCUGAAUAGAUCCACCUUCUCAAACAGUACAUGCUCAUGCCAAAAAUGUAUGCUGGCUUAGACAGUGAUGUUGAGCCCUUCUGCUAACUGAUUCAGUUAUCUUUAUUUGGUGUCUGUAUAAAUAUUGAACAGCAGAACAGUA